UGUAAGUUCCUCAGGUAUGAUGCAUGCAUUUGGUGCUAUUGUUAUUUCUCCUACCUUGCCGUAGGCAGUAGUCAACCCAAGGUAGGUUAAAGUAAGGCUCCUAAUCUACGUAGGUGCAGCACCCUACAAUCCGUGUGGCUGAUGCCGCAUGUGUGUGUUGAAUAAAACUGGCUACCCUCCCUGACCUUGCCCCGCCUCUACUCUUCAGUUCUCAUUCCCCGAGUUUUUUAUUAUUAUUUUUUUAAGUUUGUUUUUAUUACUUGGAAACCGUUGCGCAACUCCCUAAACUGCCCAACGCGUUAAUAUCGUUGGGCUGCAGCUUUUUUUUCCCCUGUGCACUCAAACGACCCUAUUGUUUGUCGCGACCAAAUCGCGUCUGACCAGGCAAAAAAGGAAAAGGACAGAACAAGACAAGGGCAACGACAAGCAGUCACUUUAUCGGGCAAUUUAUGUACCCAACUAAAACCAUCUGCUAUCGACAGUAUUCCCCAUAACAGUGCAGGUAAGUCAUUUUACUUUCUUUUCUUCUUUUUAACACAUGGUAUACAUAAACUACCGGCAUUUCACUUCAAUCACUGAACCAGUUUGCACAUCAACCUAUUUGUUUAUUGUCGCAGCAUACGAACCAAGCUGGCCUUGACCAAGUGGAAGGUACCCCUCCUGAUGCCCUGGCAGCUUACUCACUUGUCCUAAUUGACAACGUCCCUUGCACCUUUGGUCUGCCAAUGCCCAAUGUUCCCCGCGUCUGCACCCGUCAUCCACGGCCCUGGGCAACCCACUAUUUGGCGCAUCCAAACAGGUGGUACACAACCUAGCCAGGCCACGGAUCGACUUUUUGCACCGUCUAGUCUACUCUGAUUCUUCAGGGUAAUGACGCGCAAGUAAUUCCCCGAGCUCGAGGCACACUAGAUUAGACUCAAUCGCCAUACACCGGGAGAGCAAGGAAACCAGGGGGGAACAAGAAAGAAACAAAUAAUCCCGACCGCGUUUGUGGCUGGGUUGGUGUUUUUUGCAACGGUGUUGGUUGUUUCCAGGAGCAGCGCUGGCAUACUCGCAACCAGCUCAACCCUCGUCAGCCACUGCCCGCCCACCACAACACAACCUGACCCCGCAGUCAACUGCAACCGCAAAGUGGAAAAGGUGCCCAGAGCUCCUCGACCAGCGGAUACAGUCAAGCAAGCGACCAACAAUCCACAAGUUGCGGUUUCCAUUUGUGAGCACCUACCUGCAAGUCGUAGCGUAGGUAGCACUUGCCAAUUGGAGGACCUUGUCGCCUUGCCGGGCGCCGCGCAUGUUGUGCGUCAGAGUCUGGCUACGGAGUGCCUAGGUUACUACUGCUGGACCCUGGUCCCCUGGCUGCUCUAACGACACCUGGAAGCCCACCACCCACCCACCCACCUUAAGGUACACACGCGCGCCCAGCACGAGACCUUGCACCUGCCUGCCCGCCCGCUACCAGCCGCCCACCCUCGUCAGUCAGGUCGGCCCCAGCCAGCCGAGCUCUCGCCAAUUCAGCUCAACAGUCAACGCCCAGCCAGGUGUUGAGUGAGCGUCGCCCAUUGGAACCCCUCUUCAUCUUCCAAAGCCACCGCCACAACGAAUUGGUCAUUUCCUCAUUUUCCACUUUGAUCACCAUCGCAAACCAGCAAGCCUUUCAUUCACAUCACCGUUUCUAUCCAUGGUCAUCUUUCCACAGUUAACUGCCUACCUUAUCUAUCAAACUGAUUUUUUGAGUCAACCACCGUUGUGCUACGUGUUGGCCGAAUUGUUACUAACGCCGGGUUGCUUGCUGGUCGAAGUUGGGCUGCAGCAGUUUGGCUUUCCAAAGGCGGCGGCGGUUCCUGCUUGUACACAGUGAAAAGAGUAUGGUUGGCCGCCCUUCGUGACCUGAACCCCCCUACUGUAUCCCCACCAUCACCUUUCCUUUUCCUACACCACCCUUUUUCAUCGCCCAGUGACCACGACCUUAUUAUUGAUCCGUUUUCAAGUUCCCUGUUCAUUCUAACUGCUCCGCUUCCCCACUCCUCCGUCACCACCCACUGCUCCCACUUUCUGUUGUCGACCAGUGCGACACUGAUCUCUUCGUGUUUUCCCAUUCCUCACCCACCUUUUGACAUACCGAGCAUCAACAUACCCGCCGUUUACCAGCCGCUCUCAUUCUGCAUACUUCCUACCAACGCCCUGCUCGUGUCUCCACUGACAAGACGAAUUGCGCCAGCUCUGAAUUGAAUCGUCUUUCUGUCCGGUGGUCUAUUCCGCAGCGUAUGUCCUGAUAUCCCGGUAUCUUCCUUCUGUCAACCGCUACGUUUUUUUUUCUCGAUUUGAACGAGACGACGGACACCAAUCGAUUUGUCAUUCUACGUGCGACAUCGCCCCGCGACACCCGCGAAAGGCACCAAUUCGGAUCGUGCUGCCUCACCACACGUCUUGUUCCAAUCGACAUUUGACGGCGCAGCAAUUGCCCUGUCGCCAGCGCAUCUCCACCAGGCCGAUAUUCUUGGCCAAGUUGCCCACCACGGCGGACCCUGACGAACCUGAUCGACAACCUCCCGAAUCGGAUUUUCUGUAACGAAGUUGGAGAAAAUCGAGUCGGCUGCCCGCGAUGUCUCAGAACCGUCCAGCAGCCUUCAAUACCCUACGGAUGGGUGAAGUCAUCCGUGAGAAGGUGCAAGAUGGAAUUACCGGAGAGACGCGCGACCUGCAGUACACGCAAUGCAAGAUUGUUGGCAAUGGUUCAUUUGGCGUCGUCUUCCAGACAAAGCUGUCACCCUCGAACGAAGAUGCUGCGAUAAAGAGGGUUCUGCAGGACAAGAGGUUCAAGAAUCGUGAGCUACAGAUCAUGCGGAUCGUUCGCCAUCCGAACAUUGUGCAGCUAAAAGCAUUUUACUACUCCAAUGGGGAACGCAAAGAUGAGGUGUAUUUGAACCUGGUACAAGAAUUUGUACCCGAGACCGUCUAUCGCGCUUCGAGGUUCUUCAACAAGAUGAAGACCACGAUGCCGAUUCUCGAAGUCAAACUCUACAUCUACCAGCUAUUCCGCGCACUGGCCUACAUCCAUUCUCAGGGAAUCUGCCAUCGCGAUAUCAAGCCACAAAACCUCCUCCUCGAUCCAACCACCGGCAUUUUGAAGCUGUGUGACUUUGGAAGUGCCAAGAUUCUCGUCGAGAACGAGCCCAACGUGUCGUACAUUUGCUCACGAUACUACCGCGCCCCCGAGCUGAUCUUUGGAGCCACCAACUAUACCACCAAGAUUGACGUCUGGUCCACUGGCUGCGUUAUGGCAGAGCUGAUGCUCGGCCAGCCGUUGUUCCCGGGCGAGUCUGGUAUAGAUCAACUCGUGGAGAUUAUCAAGGUUCUGGGAACGCCGACUAGGGAGCAAAUCCGUACUAUGAACCCCAACUACAUGGAGCACAAGUUCCCUCAGAUUAAGCCUCACCCUUUCAACCGGGUUCUCAGGAAGGCGGACAACAAUGCCAUUGACCUGAUCGCUCGACUCUUGGAGUACACACCGACCGAGCGACUCGGCGCCAUCGACGCCAUGGUUCAUCCUUUCUUUGACGAUCUCCGUAACCCAUCAACAAAAUUGCCAGACUCGAGGCAUCAGACUGGUCAGGUUCGGGACUUGCCGCCCCUAUUUGACUUCAACCGACACGAAUUGUCGAUCGCUCCACAGCUGAACCACCAACUCGUACCGCCACACGUGAGGCCUACACUGGCGGCCCAAGGCUUGGAUAUUGAUCACUUUACGCCUAUGCGGAAGGAGGACAUGCUUGCAAGGUUAGAUUGAGGGGGUGGAACGGUCUAUGGGCUCCCAUAGCUCAUAGGGCUUCUAUUGUAUCGGUAACAUCGGUCUGAAAACGAUACGACAUCUCAUCUCACGAUUUUGGGAAUUACGCAGAGGAUCCUGGCUACGAUUUAGCGGCAACAAACGGCCCUGACAACCCCCCAGUGAUCCGGGCUGUCCUGAUGUGAUUUUAGCCGCCAACACUAGCAGCUGAGAGAAUAUUGUCGAUAACGUUGGAACGGACAGCCGGGAUACACCCGAAAUCGUGCCAGGCCGGCCUAGAAGCCGCCUUGGCCCGAGCGCCCUCGACUGUCGGUGGUGUUCGGGAUCCGGAUUGGUUCAGGGGUCUACUUGCGUAUUGGCUCCGGAUGUGGAACAUAGCAGGCUGAUAUGUGCUUGCCCGGUGCCAAGACCUCAUCACAUCUUGAGGCUCGAGGUGGCCGUUUUUUUUUUGGAAGAACAGAUCAAGAUUUGCAACCUUUUUCUCCUCUAGAUUUCACUCUGCAUGAUCUGAUAUGGCUUUACUCUCUCCAAGCUACAUUUGGCACCGGCAUUCCAGUCAGUCUGUGCGCGAUGAGGGCUAUUUGAUUUGUUCUCUGGCGGGCAAGCAGCUGUCUGUUACCGACCCGCUGGAGUGAUGCUGGCUUGUCCACGUUUUUGUUUCGUUUGCGCAAUCACACUGCCAAAAGCGGCGGGUUUCCUAGUUCUUCAGGAUCUGCACGCGGUCCUCGUCUUAUGGCCUCUGCCACAGAACUACAAAAGGUUCAAGGGAUGUCAUAUGCGCUCAGUUUGAAACUCGAAAUGACUAGAUCAAUCUAUUGACUCAGAUGCUACCGAAUGAGAUGGUACGCAGAGGCGCAGUGGUUACAGGCAUUGAGAAGGUCCCGAAAGGUGGACCGGGAUCACUUGUGAAUCAAUUUAUUAUGUAUCUCUAUCUUGUUUCCCAUCGUAGCUUUCCGAGGAAGUGGUGCGGGAGUCGAGUCGAAUUCAUAAAAACUACAUGAUUGCUAAAAUUGGAUAUGCAGGUG